UGAUUUUGACACAAAGUUGAAAUGAAAAGAUCAUAAUGAAGGAUUUUAUGUCGCAAAAGAGAAGAAUGAAGGAGGUAUGAAUUCUAUGAUUUUUUUUCCAAUAUGUGUUAGUAAUUGCAUAAAUUUCUUAUUAUUGUUAUGUGUUCAAGUUUAUAAUUUAAAAAUGAUAUAAAUCGAUGUCUUAAUUUAUUUAUGUCUUUUUUUUUCAGGUAAGUAAUAAUGGAGGAUGAGGAUUUGCAUAAUCGUUCCAUGUCUUUGCAAAGUGAGGAAGAUGAGCCACACAAUCAAUCACAAUUAGAGCUACAAACAACCGACUCCCAGAAGAAGAAAAAAAAGCCAAGAGGUCCUUCAAAGGGCCUAAAAUCCAUGCCUGGGGUUCCUAGAGUGCUUGAAUGGGAUGAAUUGUGUCGACCCAUUGGAAAGUGGGCAAAAGCAUACAAAAUUUAUGUUGGUGAAAUAAGUCGUGCAAAGGUGUCUAUAUUGUAUAAAGAUUGGAAUCAAGUUCCACAAGGAAUAAAAGACACUUUGUGGGAAGAUGUUAAGAGAGAGUUUCAAAUCGAAGAAGAUGAAGACAAGAAAAAAAAGGUCCUACGCACUUGUGAUAAAACUUUGAGAGAUUUCAAAACAAAAUUGGUCAGUGGUUGGAUCACAUGUACCAGGAAUAUGCCGAAGGAGAAAAGAAUGCCGUAUGUACUCUAUGAUUUCAUAUCUGAGGAUAUGUGGAAAACAUUUGUGGAGGAGCAUACUACAGAUGAUUUUAAGGUUUGUGUGUAUUAAUAUCAAUGAUCAUGCGGGUUAUUAAUACUUUGUUAACGGAUUCUUAUGUACUAAUCUUCAUUUAUGCUCGUGAAAAUAGGAAAUCAGUGAGAAGGCAAGACAAAGCCCGUCUUUCAACGAAUACCUCACCAUUUAGGAGCCAAAUCAUAUGGUGAAAUGAAUAUUGUAUGGCGUAGAAAAGGGUAUAUUCCCACGACAUCUUCAGCAUCCAGUACUUCAUCUUGUUCUUCGGUUGUGUCUAGUUUGCCGGAUAGGACAUAUGCUUGGCUUCUAGCAAGAUCAAUAGAAGAUGAUAAGGGAAAUCCUUAUUUUCCGGAUGAGAAAACAAGAGAGGUGAAAGAAUCCAUUGUAAGUAUAUAAUAAGUAUAUGUAAUAAGUCUUUAUUUCAAUUUUGAAUAUAUUUUGUUAAGUUUAUGUAUUGCAACCAAAGUUUUCU